AAAAAAAUCCAAGUUGGCAGCAAUUCUGCCUUGGGUUUGCUUUCAGUGUUACUACUUCAAGACAAAUACGUAUGGUGGAAAGUUAGCUAGCAGAGAUCUGAGAAAAUCAGACUUAAGAGUUCCACGGAUGACAAAGUGGAAAGUACUAUUCAUUCUCUUUUGUGAUUCUCACUACAGUUCAAUACGUCUGGUUCACUGUGAAACUUCCUGUUAUGUUAACGGAUUCGAGAAGAGCAAGAACGGUUCUGAAGAACUCUGCUUAAAGCAUUUCGAAAAAAGAAAGCUGGAAAUGCUUCAUGUUCCAAAAUAGUAGCUGAAGAUGAAUGUUUCUGGGAAUCUAAGCCUCACAAUGGUGAACUCAUCCAACAUCUCGAUCCUUGAGCCACAGUGCAAUCCACCGUAUGAUGACAGCAAGUUCUUUGUGAUUAUCAUGUACAGCAUUGUCCUGGCUAUUGGCCUGCCAGCUAAUAUUUUGACCUUGUGGUUGACACUUCUUCAAAUAUAUAGGAAGAAUGUUUUGGCGGUGUACCUGUUCAGCCUAUCUCUGAGUGAAAUCAUGUAUCUUGGGACUCUACCACUUUGGAUUCUCUAUGUACAAAAUGGUCAUGAGUGGCAAUGGGGCCCCUUGGCAUGCAAGAUAACGGGCUUUAUAUUCUUCAACAACAUAUACAUAAGCAUUCUCCUCUUGUGUUGUAUCUCUGUGGAUCGUUAUAUGGCCGUGGAAUACGCCUUGGAAUCAAGAGGGGUUCGGCGCCAGAAAAUCGCCAUUGGCGUCACUGUCACCAUCUGCAGCCUGGUGGCAUUGAUCCACGCCCCAGUAUUCAGGCUCAGUGACGGUGACCAAACAGGAAACCAAACCACCUGCUUUGAAACCUUGCCGGUUCCAUCACACAUUGCUUACUUUUAUGUUGCCAGGUUUAUUGUUGGCUUCUUGGUCCCUUUGUUGACCUUGAUGUACACCAACUACAUCAUCAAAAGGAGGAUCGAGACAAGCGGCAGCUUCACCAGUCAGCAAAAAAACAAAGUAAAGUAUUUAGCCAUUGCCGUCAUCAUCAUCUUCUUGAUUUGCUUUGCUCCGUAUCAUGUGGUGUUGCUCAUACGAGGAGUCGCUUAUUUCUUAAAAGACAAAGACUUCUGUGAUUUUGAAGAAAAGGUUUACACGGUCUAUUCUAUACUUCUUUGUCUUUUGACUGUAAACAGCGUUGCUGAUCCUUUUAUUUACGUCUUGGUCAGUGAAAAUGUCAGGAAGGACAUCUGUAGAGCCAUGAGGAUUUGGAGAAGACAAUUAUCACUUAACACCAAAAGCGACAACAGUACUUACCCGCAUAACCACAAUUCCCGGGACCUGCCUUUGGAUAAGGAUUGCUCCACACACAGUGGGCUCGGUAUAAUAGACAAACGGCAGGACAGAUAUCAUUUCCGUUGACUGGCUGUAGGGUCAAAAUAAUUAAUCAAAAGACUAUAUGUACGAUACUCAAUAUUUUAUGUGUAUUUAUAUUUUAUUUAUUGUCUUCUUUUAUGCGGGUUUUUGUAACAGACAUUUUUGGUGCCUCAAUAAAUCUGCUACAUUAUUUCAA